CGCCGUCCAACCAGGGAAGUCCUAGUGCGGAAGAACUUCGGUCGUGGCCAGUCAGCGGCUUCAACCUUGCGGAAGGCGGGACUUUGCCGGGGCUGGACUUCCUGUUUUAAAUAAACACCCGGAGGUCCCACUGGGCCCAGCGAAGUGAGUCCCAGGGGACCGCGGCUGAGUCUCCCAGUCCGAGGUGAUGUGGCCCGAUGAUCCCGCGGAAACGACACGGGGCUAAGAACACGGACCAAGGCGUGUACCUGGGGCUCUCGAAGACUCAAGUGCUGUCCCCUCCAUCUUCGGGCACAGGCCGCUGCGACAUCGCCCCUGCGCCCCCGCCCGCGGCGCUGGCCCCUUCCCAGCCUCCGCCAGAGACCAUGUCCUGCCGGGACCGAACCCAGGAGUUUCUGUCCGCCUGCAGGUCUCUGCAGAGCCGGCAGAAUGGAAUCCAGACAAAUAAGCCAGCUCUGCGUGCUGCCCGACAGCAUAGUGAAUUUACCCUUAUGGCCAAGCAUAUUGGGAAAGACCUCAGCAACACAUUUGCCAAGCUAGAGAAGCUGACAAUCUUGGCUAAGCGCAAGUCCCUCUUUGAUGAUAAAGCAGUAGAAAUUGAGGAGCUAACAUAUAUCAUCAAACAGGACAUCAAUAGUCUCAACAAGCAGAUCGCUCAGCUUCAGGACUUCGUGAGGGCCAAGGGCAGCCAGAGUGGCCGGCACCUGCAGACACAUUCCAACACCAUUGUGGUCUCACUGCAGUCGAAACUGGCUUCUAUGUCCAAUGACUUCAAAUCGGUAUUAGAAGUGAGGACAGAGAACCUGAAGCAGCAGAGAAGCCGGCGGGAACAGUUCUCCCGGGCACCCAUGUCUGCCUUGCCUCUCGCCCCCAACCACCUAGGUGGCAGCCCUGUGGUUCUAGGAGCUGAGUCCCACGCCUCCCAGGAGGUAGCCAUUGACAUGGUGGAUGCACGGACCAGUCAGCAGCUGCAACUCAUUGAUGAGCAGGAUUCCUACAUCCAGAGCCGGGCAGACACCAUGCAGAAUAUCGAGUCCACAAUUGUCGAGUUGGGCUCCAUCUUUCAGCAGCUGGCACACAUGGUAAAGGAGCAAGAGGAGACCAUUCAGAGGAUCGAUGAGAAUGUGCUGGGAGCUCAGCUGGACGUCGAGGCUGCUCACUCCGAGAUCCUCAAGUACUUCCAGUCAGUCACCUCCAAUCGGUGGCUCAUGGUCAAAAUCUUUCUCAUCCUCAUCGUCUUCUUCAUCAUCUUCGUGGUCUUCCUGGCCUGACUCCUGUGCACUGCAAAGUGGUGCAUGGGGCUGGGACCUUCUGGCGAUAGCAGGUGGCGGAACUGCCACUGAGCCUGUGUGGGGUGCUGUGGAGAAGGCCCUGUCUCCCUAGAACUGCUCCGGGCAGCCACCAGCCCUGACCCCACCCCAUGCCUGCAGUCUGUAGCUACUGGGAGGUCCUCCCUUGCCACCCUCAGGCCCAGGAAGCACAUGGUUCUGGGUCUGGAUUCUACUGUGCUGGCUGGAACGGAGGGGGCUCUGUCUCCACUGGGAGAUUUUUAUAAACCCUCCACACCUCUCCAAGAAGAAACGGGAAGUGGGGGCGAUGAUGCCCCUUGCUGUCUUCUGGAAUGAGGAGAGGAAGUGAAAUGCCCCAAGGACCAACUUCCCCAUCUGGGUUAGAACUUGAGUUCCUCCUUCCUCUCCUCACCACUGAGGCAGGGGGCCCUGAGCCCUCGCUGCCUGCGCAACCCGGCACCCACUGGCCGGUGUGACUCAGACCGCCAUGCUGCUGCCAGGCUCCUCCCAAUUACAGAAGACUGUCAGCCUCAGAGCUGUACUGUCGUUCCUGGGGAUAGCAGGGCCCUGUGGACCCUACUGUUGUGAGGUUGCACAGCUGACCCUGGCAGGAGGAACCUAACAGGCAGCACCUCAGGCCUGAAAGCCCUGUGAGAAGCCUGGGCCGAGGGCCCUGAUACAACUUCCAGGACCUGCUCAAGCAGUUGGACUUACUUCAUCUGGAUCCUGAGGUCCCUGCUCCUCCUCUGCCAGCUCUGGGUGGGGAGGAUUAUUGUGUGGCCCUGUCCUUCUGGAGCACAACCUGCGACUGUACCCUGAGGUCUCUGAGCCUCCAGCUCACAGCCGGAAGAGGGAAUUCCAGCAGUGGAGGCUGCAGCACAUUAGGGUGGUUGAGGAUGGUUGGGGUGUGGCCCUGGUGUGCAGGUGACAGGUAGUGCCUGACAUGGUGGGACUGUAGUUGGUGGGGCAGGGCACCUGGCAGCCUCAACUCGGGUGUGGAGGAUGUUCUUGGGGCAGAAACCACUUAUUUCACAAAUACUUGGUAAGUUUAAACGUAUCAGCCUUACCGAGCUGAAAGCUAGAAGACAAAAAGCUUGGAGUUAAGGUUUCUGCUGCCCCAGGGGAUGGAACCCAGGGCCGCUCUUUCCACUUUAAAGAACAAACGCUUUUUGUUGUUUUAUGAGACAGGGUCUCUCUAAUUCAGGCUGGUUUUGAGCUCAUAUGGAGCCCAGGCUGUUUUCGCUCGCAGCGAUCCUCCUGCCUCGGCCUUCCACGUUUUUGUAUUUUUGAGUGUAUAAAUUGCCCAAUCUGGCCUCGGAAUUGGCGGUGCUUCUCCCUCGGCCUCCCACCUGCUGGAAUUACAGAUAAUAUUCACUGUGCCCGUUGUCGUUCUAGUUUUCUAUUUUCUCAUAAUCCAUGGCGAAGACAGCAACACCUGGGACCCGGCCCAUGCAUUCCUUGCCUCGGCGUCCCCCACUGCACCUCCCGGCCCUAAGGCGCUGCAAAUGUCCCAGGGCAGUACUGACAUGUGCGCAUGCGCUGUUUGGCC